AGUAUGAAAACAUUAAAGAUAUUUCUAAUCCCCAAUCCUAGUGAGAGAGACACUUCAUAGGAAAUCCCAGGAACCCAGGGACAAAGGCCAAAGAAAUGACCACUGGUUGAUACCCGCUUUUUCAACAAGGAACAAUAAAUCUAUAAAGGAAUAACAAGACAAAUGGCUAUAUAGACUAGGAUUAUAACAUUUAGGGAUGUUACUAAUAGAUAUAUGGAGCACAAGGAGAGAAUCUAAUGGAAGAUUGCUUCUAUAAUUAGAUCACUGAUUUCCUGCAUAAAGCACAAUGUCUCGAUCCCGACAGCCCCCACUUGUGACAGGCAUCUCUCCAAAUGAAGGGAUCCCAUGGACGAAGGUGACAAUAAGAGGGGAGAAUUUGGGUGUUGGUCCCACUGACCUUAUAGGUUUGACUAUUUGUGGACAUAAUUGCCUCCUAACAGCAGAGUGGAUGUCUGCAAGUAAAAUAGUAUGUCGAGUGGGACAAGCCAAAAAUGACAAAGGAGAUAUUAUUGUCACAACUAAAUCUGGUGGCAAAGGAACUUCAACUGUUUCUUUCAAGUUACUCAAGCCCGAAAAGAUAGGCAUUUUGGAUCAGUCUGCUGUGUGGGUUGAUGAAAUGAAUUAUUAUGAUAUGCGUACAGACAGGAAUAAAGGAAUUCCUCCUUUGUCCCUCCGUCCUGCAAAUCCUCUUGGCAUUGAAAUUGAAAAAAGUAAAUUUCCCCAGAAGGACUUAGAAAUGAUGUUCCAUGGAAUGAGUGCUGAUUUUACAAGUGAGAAUUUUUCAGCUGCCUGGUAUCUCAUAGAGAAUCAUUCAACUACCAGUUUUGAGCAGCUCAAAAUGGCAGUCACCAACCUCAAAAAGCAGGCCAGCAAGAAGAGUGAGGGCAGUCUGGCCUAUGUGAAGGGUGGCCUCAGUACAUUCUUUGAGGCACAAGAUGCCCUCUCAGCCAUCCAUCAAAAGCUAGAAGCAGAUGGAACGGAAAAAGUAGAAGGAUCCAUGACACAGAAACUGGAGAAUGUUCUGAAUGGAGCAAGUAAUACUGCUGAUGCAUUAUUUCAAGAAGUGCUAGGACGAAAGGACAAGGCAGAUUCCACUAGAAAUGCACUCAAUGUACUUCAGCGAUUUAAAUUUCUCUUCAACUUACCUCUGAAUAUUGAAAGGAAUAUUCAAAAGGGUGAUUAUGAUGUGGUUAUUAAUGAUUAUGAAAAAGCCAAGUCACUCUUUGGGAAAACAGAGGUGCAAGUUUUCAAGAAAUAUUAUGCCGAAGUAGAAACACGAAUUGAAGCUUUACGAGAAUUACUUCUGGAUAAAUUGCUUGAGACUCCAUCAACCUUACAUGACCAAAAACGUUACAUAAGAUAUCUGUCUGACCUUCAUGCACCGGGUGACCCUGCUUGGCAGUGUAUUGGAGCCCAGCACAAGUGGACCCUUCAGCUCAUGCACAGCUGCAAAGAGGGCUAUGUGAAGGACCUGAAAGGAAACCCAAGCCUGCAUAGUCCCAUGUUGGAUCUUGAUAAUGAGGUACGUCCCUCCAUGUUGGGCCAUCUCAGUCAGACGGCAUCACUAAAGAGGGGCAGCAGCUUUCAGUCUAGUCGAGAUGACACAUGGAGAUACAAAACUCCCCACAGAGUGGCAUUUGUUGAAAAAUUAACCAAGCUUGUUUUAAGUCAGUUGCCUAACUUCUGGAAACUCUGGAUCUCAUAUGUUAAUGGAAGCCUUUUCAGUGAGACUGCUGAGAAGUCAGGCCAGAUCGAAAGAUCAAAGAAUGUAAGGCAAAGACAAAAUGAUUUCAAGAAAAUGAUACAGGAAGUAAUGCAUUCUCUUGUGAAACUGAUCCGUGGAGCUCUGCUGCCCCUCAGCAUCCGAGAGGGAGAAGGGAGGCAGUAUGGAGGCUGGGAGGUGAAGUCAGAGCUCUCAGGGCAGUGGCUUGCACAUGUCAUCCAGACCUUAAGGCUUACUUAUGAGUCAUUGACUGCCCUUGAAAUUCCUAAUGACAUGCUGCAGAUUAUUCAGGACCUUAUUUUGGAUCUCCGUGUACGUUGUGUCAUGGUCACAUUGCAACACACAGCAGAAGAAAUAAAGAGAUUAGCUGAAAAGGAGGACUGGAUUGUUGAUAAUGAAGGAUUGACUUCCCUACCAUGUCAGUUUGAGCAGUGUAUCCUGCAUUCCCUCCAGUCACUGAAAGAUGUUCUGGAGUGCAAGCCUGGAGAAGCCAGUGUCUUUCAGCAUCCCAAAACACAGGAGGAGGUUUGCCAACUGAGCAUCAAUAUCAUGCAGGUUUUUAUAUACUGUCUGGAACAAUUGAGCACCAAGCCUGAUGCAGACAUAGAUACUACACAUCUUUCUAUGGAUGUUUCUUCUCCUGAUUUGUUUGGAAGUAUCCAUGAAGACUUCAGCUUGAAUUCUGAACAGCGACUUCUUAUAGUUCUGAGUAAUUGCUGUUAUCUAGAACGCCGCACCUUUUUAAAUAUAGUGGAACAUUUUGAAAAGCACAACUUCCAGGGAAUAGAAAAAAUUACACAGGUUAGCAUGACCUCCCUGAAAGAACUGGACCAAAGACUCUUUGAAAAUUACAUUGAACUAAAAGCAGAUCCCAUUGUUGGUUCCUUGGAACCUGGAAUUUAUGCAGGCUAUUUUGACUGGAAAGACUGCCUGCCUCCAACAGGUGUCAGAAAUUACUUAAAAGAAGCAUUAGUGAAUAUAAUUGCUGUGCAUGCAGAGGUGUUCACUAUUUCCAAAGAAUUGGUGCCACGAGUCCUGUCUAAGGUGGUAGAAGCAGUUUCUGAAGAGCUGAGUAGACUGAUGCAGUGUGUCUCAUCCUUCAGCAAAAAUGGAGCAUUACAGGCGAGACUUGAAAUCUGUGCUCUGAGGGACACUGUAGCCAUUUACCUGACAACUGAAAGCAAAUCUAGUUUUAAACAGGCCUUGGAAGCCCUGCCUCAGCUAGCAAGCGGAGCAGAUAAAAAGCUGCUGGAAGAAUUGCUGAACAAGUUUAAGAGCAGCAUGCACUUGCAACUCACCUGCUUCCAAGCUGCUUCUUCCACCAUGAUGAAAACAUAAAUGCCUGCAAAAGAAGAACAGUUCAGAAAGAUAACAAGCAUUAAGACUAUUCACUUUUCUUUUCUUUCUUUCUUUUUUUUUUGGCCAGUUCUGGAGCUUGAACUCAGAGCCUGGACAUUG